GACAUAAUUCUUACUAAACUGUACCGGAUGGGAUUUCAUGACCGGCUGUAAUGAAAACAACAGAAAAGGUUAUCAACCAGAAUGUCAUCAAAUGUGAAACAUCUGCUUCUGCCUCUCGCCCGUUCCUUUGGCACAUCUGCGAGAAGUGACAUAAACUGCCAUCGAGCAAGCAUAGCCCGCAUUGGUCGCCUCACUUACACUCGCAUGUAUCCAGUCUCCAUAGUGCAAACGGAUGGUUCCACUAUUAAUGUCAGAUACCAUGAACCACGCAAGAUUAUUAAGUUGCCUCUUGAUCUGUCGACUCUGAGUGAGGCCGAGAGAAGAAAACGUCUGGAAGCUCGCAAACCGAAAGCAAAGGUGGUGAUAGAGGACGACAUUGAGGACGACUUUGACCUGAGUAGUUAUCAGCACCUCUGGAAGAAAUAGGAAAGAGUAGCGUUUUUUUUUAUUUAUUCAUUCUCUCUCUCUCUCUCUCUUCUCUCUCUCUCUCUCUCUCUCUCUCUCUCUCUCUCUCUCUCUCUCUCUCUCUCUCUCUCUCUCUCUCUCUCUCUCUCUCUCUCUCUUUCUUUUCUUUUUCUUCUUUUUGUUUCUUGCAUUUUUUUUUGUCAACUUUAUUAUGGUUGAUACUUAUUUUUGGUCUGUAAAUGUAAUUCAUUAUCGUUAUUGUUCAUUAUGAUUAUUUUUCAUUAUUUUUAUUAUUACUAUUAAUAUUACUGUUGUAAUAUAAACAAUAAUUGUAGUUUAUUAUAAAUAUUGACAUUUGUACAUAUUUUUUUAAAAGAUUCAAAGCCUAAGCCUUCGUGCUAAUGUAAUUUUUCUCCCCUCACUCUAACUUUCUUUUCAAUGUCUGUUUUUCUCUGUAAAUAAAUGACAAUACAAAAA